AAACGACUGGGCACUUUUGUUGGCGGGAAGUACUCGGGCAUCAAUCUCUCUUCUCUAAUAUUUGCGGAUCAACGCGAUGACAACGAGACACUACAACUGGAGAUGUGGUCAGCUCCCGAUCAUACCAAGCCGACCUUUGAAGAAGCCAAGAGCAAGCUCGAGAAGGGUGAAGGCAGAAAGGUUGAGCGAGGGGUACGGUUCGGCCCGAGCUGGACGAAUCACUGGCUCAAAUUGACCAUCAACAUCCCAUCGUCAUGGAGAUCAAAGGACGAUGUUGAGCUCAAUUUCGAUCCCUCAUGUGAAGCGAUGAUCUACGAUGAAUCAGGGCUCUCUCUCCAAGGCAUCACAGGUGCUUUCGACUACAACCGGAGAGUGGAAUACAUCAUCCCUCAAAAAGAAGUUCGUGCGGGGAAAUGCAUUCGAUACAUCGAAGUCUCCGCGAAUGGAGUCUUUGGAAUGCUUCCUCAAUCUUAUACAAGAAAAGACGUGUUCUACACUUUGGAAACCAUUGAGAUCGUUGUUGUGAACUCGGAAGCCAGAGCCCUAAUGUACGACUUUGACAUGAUUUCCCAACUUGCCGACAGUCUUCCUGAAAACUCGCCUAUGAGUAACCGCGCUCGUGCUAUUGGUAACGACAUCAUGAAUGCUUUCGAUGGGACCCUUGAUGGCGUUGCCAAAGGUCGCAGGCUGGCGCAAGGAGCCUUUGGUUCAGGCUGGGAAAAGGAAUAUGAAGCCGACCCGGAACAAUUUAAGCAGAAGGGCAAUCUCUGGGCGAUUGGAUACUGCCAUAUCGACACAGCCUGGCUGUGGCCGUGGAGGGUGACUCAGCAGAAAGUGGCCAGAUCCUGGUCAUCUCAGAUCGACCUGAUGGAUCGAUACCCCGAAUUCCGCUUCAUGGCGACCAGUGCUCAGCAUUUCGCCUGGCUGGAGCAGCUAUACCCCAAGCUGUUUAAAAAGGUUCAGGAAAAGGUCCGCACUGGCCAAUUUGAGGCCAACGGUGCUUGUUGGGUCGAGACAGAUGCCAACAUUCCCAGUGGAGAGUCACUGUGCCGACAAUUCCUGUACGGUCAAAAGUAUUUUGAAACCCGCUUCGGCAAGAGGUCUGAUAUUUUGAUUCUCCCUGAUACUUUUGGAUUUGGACCUCAGCUACCCCAGAUCGCUCGUUUGAGCGGCUGCUAUAGUUACUUCUCUCACAAGCUCAACUGGAGUAAAAUUAAUCGAUUCCCUUUCACAUCCUUCAACUGGGUUGGUCUCGACGGGAGCCAGCUUCUCUCGCAUAUCACUCCCAUUCAGCGAUAUGAUUCCGUCUGCAACGUCGAAGAGAUCUCCCGAGCCAACAACUACAACCAGAACCUUGACGUCACUUCGGACGCGGUCAUCGCCUUCGGCCAUGGAGAUGGGGGCGGAGGCCCUCGACCGUUGUUGAUGGAGAGGCUUCGACGUGCACAUGCCGCUGCGAUACAUGGACAUGAGUCUGAGGAGCUUCCUACAAUCAAGCAGGGAGGCACUCUCUCAGACUUUUUCGCCCACCUCAGAAAGAUCACCAACAACGGAACUAAGCUUCCAACCUGGAACGGUGAACUCUACCUGGAGAUGCACCGAGGAGUUCAAACAUCCCAAUCCAACACCAAGCGCAACUUCCGAAAGUCAGAAAUCUUGCUGAGGCAAGUCGAGCUCUUCUCGACCCUCGCUUCCGUUUACACUGGCUACGCGUAUCCUAAAGAGCGAAUCGAUCGUGCCUAUGAGACUCUUUGCUUGUGUAUGUUCCAUGAUACCCUACCGGGGAGUUCGAUCAGAUUAGCCGUAGAGGACUACGACAAGGCUUUUGCCGAGCUUCUUUCCACUGGUAAGGAGCUGCUCAGCGGAGCUGUCAAAGCUCUAUCCUCCCGGCUCCGAGACACUAGCGACUUCACGGUCCUGAACACCCUGCCCGGCGUUCCCAGGCGAGAACUCGUUGAAAUUCAAGGAAACUACCAGCUUGCAGCAGCCUCGACCGGAAGUCUGACUGCUACUCUCUCUCCCUCACAAUCUGUAAAGGGUGUCUCGGGUGAAGCUGACCCCCGGCAAGUGGAGCAGAAAGGCGGUCGUAUCACGCUCGCAAACGAUCAUCUGGCCAUCGCGUUCGAAAGCGGCCGCAUCUUUAGUAUUUACGACAAAGAAGAAGGUCGCGAAAUUUUGGCGCACGGCUGUACAGCUGGUUUCACUUUGUUCGAAGACCGAACUGAUUCUGGAGAGGCCUGGGAAUGGGAACAAUACGAGCUCGACAAAUUUGAGCCCCUGCAAUUCACUGAUGUCAAAAUCUCUUCGCGAGGUCCUCAGCGAGGUGUCAUAGAAUGCUCGCUCAGUCUCGGCCACUCCAAGGCGUCGAUAAAAAUCUCACUCGAUGCCAUCAGAGCUUCGGAGCAUGCCUCCUCGAAGAGUAUCCUUCGGUUCGACUGUCACCUGGACUGGCAUGAGAGACUACGCCUUCUCAAGUUUGAGCUUCCUUUGGCGCUCUUCUCGGACUUUGCGACAUAUGACUGUGCAUUUGGUGUGCAGAGGCGCCCGACAAGCCGUAACACAUCGUGGGAGGCCGCAAAGUGGGAGGUUCCAGCCCAUAAAUUCGCCGACUACAGUGAAUACGGCUACGGAGUCGCUCUCCUGAACGACUGCAAAUACGGCUACGCAGCACAAGGAAAUCUUUUGACGCUCAGUCUGUUCAAGGCUCCUAUCAGUCCCGACGAGGAAGCCGACCAGGGCCCUCACGACGUACGAUUCGCCAUUCUCCCACACAAGGGAACUUAUGCCGAAAGUGAUGUUCAGAACAUCGCCCAUGCCUUCAACAGUCCGUUGAUGAUGUAUCCCGGCCUCUUGUCUUCGGGACACGAAACGUUGCCAUUUAGGGUCGAAGGCGCUCCAAAUGUGUUGCUCGAGACUAUCAAGCGAGGAGAGGCGGACUUCGAUCCUAUCACUGGCGCUGAACUGACUCAAGGAUCAAAGACGAUCAUCUUGAGACUUCACGAGCACAUGGGUGGUCGUGCUCGCGCAAGACUAGUCAUACAUCCUCUCCAAAUCUCCAAAGCCGAGCUUGUCAACGUGCUCGAAGAUUCGAUCGAGGAAGUGGAUCUCACACUCGAGGUUGAGAGAGAUAUCAUUGAUUUGGAAUUCAGAGGUUUCGAAAUCAAAACUGUCAAGAUCACCUUGUAAGGUCACAUUGACCGGCGCGCGCCCGCCGUCUGCUUUUCAUGUCGGAACAGAAUGCAUUGUGAUAGCC